UGACAGAUCAAGAAUUGUAGGUUAUGUUCAUUUUUAGAGUUCAGGUGUUCAGGAUAUUAUUGUAAGAAGCAAAGAUUAAAAACGAAAUUGUAUCGUGUGUCAAGUAUCUAAUAUUAUAAGCAUUUUGUAGUGAAUUCCAAUAAAGCAAUUUAGUCAAUUCCUAAAGCAAUUUUCAAUAUAUUAGUGUCUUAUUUCGCCAACGUUGAGAUCUUAUUUUAUUAAAAAGAAUGGUGAAGUCGUGGGCUCCAGAACCACCAGAAGAGAGAGAUGAUCAACUGCCAGUCGUAUCUUCUGAACACUUGAUCUUCCCUCAAAGCGAGGACGACAGUGAUGACAUGCAGUUCAUCCCAGAUGCACCAACUGGCUAUACUCUCUUCCCCAACGCAGAUAUUGAAGAUCACAGUAACGCUGAUACUGACGAUAGCGAUGACAGCACAAGUGUUGGACAUGCGCAUGCGCCUGCUUCCUCAGAAAUGACUCCACAGAGCGAAACAGACACUCAUUCCCAGGCACUACCAACAAGCAGCAGUGGUAACGAAGAGGUAUGCAGACUGUUCAACGCUCCGCGACCGGCGACAAUGACCGAGCUGGUCAUCGACUGCGAGCAAGUGAGAGAGGCAAUGGCCACUGUCACCCUUCCCCCCUCCGCAUUCCCACCCUGGGCGGUGGGCGUGUCCGACUCUGAACUCACCAAUCACAUACAGCGAUUACUCAACAAAGCCACGCCCACCGAACCGUCAACUGCUGUCCGCAAUAGUGAAUAAUCAUUGUAAAUUGAAUAAUAAUAAUUUCUCUGAUUGCCUAUGAAUUGCAACCAGAGGAGUUUAUUGACAAAACAUGUACAUAAUUAUUAUAAUAUACAUACAAAAGUUGAUAAUAAUAAACUAGUCCUAAUCAUGAUACCCCACUAUAAUAAAAUCACUUCGCUUAUAUGGGCUACUUGAUUCAAAUAAAAAACCGGUACCCUUUUAUUAAAAACUUGAAAAAAUAGUACUAAAAGUUUUUAUAUUGAUCCCACUAUAAUAAUAUGUGUCAGGGUGAUCAUGAUAUUCUUUUCUGAAACAUGUAUAAAAUAUUUAGUAAUUUUAUCUAUAAAUGUUAGUUAUUUAUUAAAGGUAGAAUAUAAUACUUAUUAUAUAAGUAUAUUAUAAAAAGAUGACAGUAGUUUAUCCUAUAUCCUAUUUACAAUGAGCUCCUUUACGGAGUGAUCCGUGGUCUAGUAGAUAGAUUCCUUCGUAGCAACCUAGAGAGAUCUCGGUUCAAACCCACUCAGAGCAAAACGUUUUUGAUCAGGUCACUCCCGUGUUAUCGGAUGGACACGUUAAACUGUCGGUCCCGGCUGAAGUAUGACAAUCGUAAGGCCCAUUGACGGCUCAAAUGAUAAUAUAUUCAGGCGAGGUGGAACUUCCGUCAGGAACUCCCCGCUAAUAAAAGCCAUACGAAUAUUAUUAUUAUAAUGAUCUCCUCGGUCUGGUAGGUACCAGUAUCAUAUAACCAGUUUCGUACUGUUCUUUUAAAUCUAGUUAUAUUUAUUUCGUCCUUUGCGAUCUGCAGGAUUUUAUUGUAAAUUCUAGGACCUGAAUAUUGUACAGAUCUCUGUCCAAAAGCUGUGUUCAUUCUUGGAACAUGAUGAAAAUUCAGAUUUCUAAUUCUGGUGUUGUGGCUAUGGGAAAUUAAAUCAGUAAAAUUUGUAUUCUUCUUAAUAUAAAUUACUAAAACUAAUACAUACAACUGUCUGACGCUGAGAACGUUACUCUCGAUGAACAAUUUACUUGGUUAGAAAACACGUAAACGGUUGGUUUUGUUUGUCAUAACCUUAAGAAUACGUUUCUGUGCUUUUAAAAUUGAAUAUAUUAAGUUGUGAUUUGCUGCACCCCAAACUAACAGUCCAUAUCUUAAAAGUGACUCUACAAGUGAGAAAUAUACUAUUUUAUCAUAUCUUUACUAAUUAUAUGACGAAGUUGUCAGAACUUAUAAAUUUAUAAAUGAGCUUUCUUAUUUUCUUAGUUGUGUACGAUAUAUGCUCAUCCCAUUACAAUCAUGGAAGAAAGAAGACCUCCUUUGACUGGUCUUCUUUCGUCCAUGAUUACAAUCGAUCAUCUACAAUUAUACCUAGAUAUUUAACAUUAUCAGAGCGCUUAAUGAGAGGACAAUCACAGUAAAUAUUAUUGUAACUGAAUAAUUUAUGUAUCUUUUCUGGUACUCUGUGGCCACUAACGGUAGGACAUGCAUGAUGAACAUGCUAAUACAUGCAUGUAUUGUCAUCAGCGAGAGGCUUCAAAGAUAAAAUAGACAACCAAUAACAAUAAAUUAAUCAUUGGAAAUUUACAAAUUUAAAUUAUGCAGAAUUAAUUUAACAUCGAA